AUGCCUGGCCCAGACUUGUCCCUCCCGCCCAAACCGCCGGUGCCUAACUUCAACUCUCCAGUUAGUUCAAGUGUUCCUCGGAAGCCUUUGACGGCAUCCCAACCUCAGUACUCGACACCUUCAAGAUCGGCAGUAAGUUUCGACUCUCGGAAUCCUACGCGAUACUUGGUCCCUGUGCCAUUUCCUACUCCAGAAACUUAUCGGCUGUCUCCAUCCCCAAGCCUUUCGAAUCAAACCCCUCUUAGCUUCACACCACUUCAAGGUCUCCCUUCGCCAUCGGUACUUCCGUUAGGCGGGGUCACUGCCUUGCGUAACAUAACCCCAUCGCCUCAAUUUCAGUCGCCUACAAAUGGCGCUGUUGCCCAGCGACGACGUCAGAGAAAGCGCGACCCGAGGAUGCUUCCUUCUGCACGCUCGCCAUCUGAUCGUUCGCCACGUCCACGUCCUACGGGGAAACCCCCUCCAUGGAGAACCAAUCGACGUAGGGCUUACGUGAAUCCGAAUCCGUUCCAAACCCCAGAGCAAACUCGUACGCCUCUAGAAAAUAUGUCCGAGUAUCAUAAAUCACCCGAUGAACCCAUACGGUCAACAAAUUUACAAGAUCAUGCGGAUAGAAUAUCCCUUCUAAGAGCAGAAGACACCGAAGCCGUAAAUGCUACACAGCAGCAGGAAUCUUCCCGGAGCGGCACCGACCCCAUCCGUCAAUUAUUUGACUUGUAUCUAGACAAUGGCGUGAACUACCUCAACGACGAGGAGCAGGAAUUGCUAUGCAGGUACAUUGAUCCCGGGAAGGAAGACCAGCGAGACCUGGUGUACCGCGUGACAGAGCAGAUCCUCUGGUAUAACCGCAAACCUUCACUCACGUAUAGACUCGCAAAUUGGAUCUAUACCCGAGACAGUAACCACGAAGUCAUUUUUAGGUUGCUUUGCGAACGCUUAAACCUGCCAGACCCCGAAGAGGGAAAAGCGAUGAUGUCUCUAGAAGAAGUCAACGAGCUCAUGGACUGUCAGAUUGCCGUUGAUGCUUAUAAAAAAUGGCGGGAGGAAGAAAAGAAUCCGGAAGAACAAAAGGGCGGGAAAGAACACGAGUUUCGUCUUGACUUCCUUCGUCGCUGA